CAUCCCUUGUGAGCAAAUUUGGAAGGAUUUCAAUAUGAUACUCCUCAGCAAGGCUGCUAAGAACUCGUGUCCCAUGGAUCCGAAGUUAUUCGACCCACUGGUCACCCGCCUAAUACAGUACGCGCCAUCGAUCGAGAAUCCCGUCCUGUGGUCCGGAAUGGGGUCGUUUGUUACUGAGCUGUGCUCGGCAUCUGAGAGAUGCACCUCACUCGAAACAACCCUCACAGGUAAGUAG